CAAUCGACGAGGUUCGUUCAAAGCGUGACAGCCGCCCGCCACUGCUGGUAGAUGGUAGAGUGUUGUAAACCACUUGGCCAAAUUUUCACGAGUGUCGAUCUGAAUAUUUGUGGCUGUUUGUUUUGCUCCGGACUUCACUUUCUAUGCAUUUAUCGUCGUUCUUUCCCGCUAAAUCGCGAAACCUACCACACUAUCAGCCAUUGCAUCACAUUUCACUCUACCGAUGCGGAAUCAAUGCCCUAGUGUGAGGGGGUUAAUCAAAUUGUCCGUUGAUUUUGGGUAGUUGAAAAAUGAAGAAGUAAGUGCUUCGGUUUAUGAUCGCGUGAUUGCGACUGAUUGCGAUCGUACUGUAGAUCAAUAAACCCGCUGUAUGAAAAACAAACGUUACCAAAUUAGUGCACUUUCCCCCCAAAACAGAGCCGACCGACAGUGUUCCGUGAACCAAAAAAAGCAGCUGAUAAUCAAAUGUUGAUUGAGCAACUGUGACUUCAGUGUGGUUGUGAUAAAAAAAAAAACGAAUGUUUUUGUUGGAAACAAAUUGAGUGCAGACUUUAGUGUAUCUGUGAUUGGGAAGCAACGGAUGAUUUGCAUGCGGUGUACUGCAGAAUACUACCAAAAAGACAGGAUUGCCUUCCCUAGUCAGUUUUGACAUGGUUUGUGACAUGUGAACUAUCGAAAGUAGUAAAGGAAUUCAGUGCUCAAAAGAAUCCCAAACUUUACAAUAGUCAGCAAGUGACCGUACUCCUGCGUAUAACGGCAAUAAACGAAACACCACGACAAGGCAACAUGGUUUCGAUCCGAUUCGAAGUAUCUAGCUCACCGCCUGUUCGGUAUCCAAGAUCAAUCUUUUUCAUUAUUAGCAAUGAAUUCAGCGAACGUUUCAAUUACUAUGGCAUGCGAACUGUGUUGGCCCUCUACCUCACGCAGAAACUCAACUACGAUGACGACACAGCCACCGUGAUAUAUCACAUCUUUACCAGUUUAGCAUACUUCUUUCCGCUGAUGGGUGCCAUUCUAGCCGACAGUUGGCUAGGCAAAUUCAAAACCAUUUUAUACCUCUCGAUGGUAUAUUGCGUUGGUAGCGCGCUAAUAGCGCUAGGAGCAAUUCCACCGCUCAACUUACCGGCCACAUCAAUGACCGUGCUGGGGUUGCUGUUUAUAGCCGUUGGGUCCGGCGGUAUCAAACCUUGCGUUUCGGCAUUCGGUGGAGAUCAGUUUAAAAUACCGGAACAAGCAGUUCAACUAGCGAAAUUCUUUUCACUUUUCUACUUUGCAAUCAAUGCUGGCUCGCUUAUUUCCACGACGCUUACUCCCAUCUUGCGUGAGGAUGUACAUUGCUUCAAUGAUCCUGACUGUUUUUCCCUUGCGUUUGGCGUGCCUGCGUUUCUUAUGAUUCUUUCGAUUGUUGUAUUCGUCUGCGGAAAAGCUAUGUACACAAUCAAGAAGCCGGCUGGUAAUAUGGUGGUUUUGGUUUUCAAAUGCAUUGGAAACGCUUUGUCGACAAAGGUAAAAGAGCAUGACAUAAAUCCUCGAAAUCACUGGCUGGAUUACGCUGAAGCUAAAUAUGGUAGACAGAUAGUAGCGGACAUCAAAUCGUUGAUGAAAAUUCUGAUUCUAUACAUUCCCCUGCCUGUGUUUUGGGCUUUAUUCGAUCAGCAAGGAUCACGAUGGACUUUCCAAGCUACGAGAAUGACCGGUGAAAUCGGAGCGUUUACUAUUAAGCCUGAUCAGAUGCAGGUCAUCAAUCCACUACUAAUCCUUGCAUUUAUACCAUUUUUCGAAGGAUUAGUUUAUCCGGUACUGGAGAAAGUAGGAAUCCGAACGCCCCUUCAGAAGCUCUCGUUCGGAGGAAUAUUAGCGGGAGCAGCAUUUGUUUUGUCGGGUUUCGUUGAGAUUGCUCUGGAUAAAACCAAUGCGAUUAUACCGGCAGCAACGGAAUCUCAAUUGCGAAUUUACAACGGUCUGCCAUGUGAUUAUCACUUUAAAAGUGAUAUACCUGACUUUAACAAUUUCACCGUACAAACCCUUGGGACAUUCGAGGCGAUUCAUGUGUCCACGGAGUCGAACACAACAUUCCGAUUCACGGCUGAAACAACGGAAAGCUUCUGUCUGAAGGCUAACAUGUCCAAUAUAACAGGAACUUUUUAUUUAAAUCCUGGCAAUGCGGUGAGUUAUUUCAUCAGCCAAAAAGGUAACAAAAUAAACUUAUUGGAGUAUGCCGACUCGACAGAGAAAGAUAAACGAGGGCUGCCUAAAGUGAGAAUUUUAGCGAAUAUCAAAACUACUAAAAGAAUAAUGAUGAAAAACACACGGUUGACCGACGUACAGUAUAAUGUUUCACUGAACAACGUUGAUCAGCUCGCAGUUAGUGACGGGGAAUACGAUCUGUACAGUGAUAAUGGAACCCGGAAAAUUGCCUCUGUUAAGUUGGAACUGGGAGGAGUCUACACAGUUAUCCUGCAUGAAGUUUUGGAGAACGAAUUUACACUUCAACGACACACCGUAACUCCUUCCAACUCACUCCACAUGCUCUGGCUGGUUCCCCAAUACGUUGUAAUCACUGCAGGCGAGGUAAUGUUCUCGAUUACUGGUCUGCAGUUCUCCUACUCACAAGCGCCAGAAAGUAUGAAAUCAGUCAUUCAAGCGUUCUGGUUGCUGACAGUUGCCAUCGGAAACAUGUUGGUGGUCUUCAUAGCUGAGGCAAAAUUUGUCCAGUCCCAAUCGAUCGAAUUCUUCCUAUUUGCGGUGCUAAUGUUCCUUGAUAUGGCUUUCUUCAUGAUACUGGCUAUGCGAUACAAAUACACUGAACACGAGGAGAACGACAUUGAAACGACCGAUAUUAGGCCGCUUGAUAAUAGCAUGCUGGAGGAUGCUCCUUCCAAGCUAAACCAAGACCCACUGGAAAAAGGCCUGCCGAGCGUUAAGGCAACUUACACAAAUGAAGCGUACCGAGAAGACUGAAUGUUGUUGCAUGUUUAAUUAUUCGUUUGUAUCGAGAUCUUAAGAUUUAAUUUUAAUUCAUUUUUUGCUGUGUUUUGUUUCUCGAAUUUUUUUCCAAUGCAAGUUACCUGUCAAAUGAUUUCUUAAAAUCAAAGAAAAUGAGUCAUUAUUUUUGCCUAAAUUGAAAUUGUAAA